GCCCGGUUGGUGUGACGUUUUUUGGGAUUUUAAUUGUUUUCGUACCCUCAUUUUAAGGCAAUUACUUAUCAAAUACUAAAGUGUUGGAAUCGGAUAGGCGCGGUUGCAAGUAAUGACUUGUUCAUUUGGGUCUUUUCGUUUUGUGGUUGUUGUUACUGAUGAAUCAAUGAGUGUAUUGUUAUCGAGAUGUAACUUAGAUUAAUUUGUUGUGAGUGGAAAAUGACACUGGAUAUUUUGAUACUAAAUAUAUUUGUGUUAACGGGAAAAAGCAAAGCAGUAGCAGGUGCAUUUUUAGCAACGGUCGCGGGCAUUUCUGCAUUUGUAGGAUUUGGAACCACAUUAGCAGCAGCAAAAAAAGCAGACCCCAAAUACUUCAAUAAAGGUGUACAUGCUAGUGCAGAAUUAGCGGAUGCAGGGGCCAUCCUUGCUCUCCGAGCCCUGGGCUGGGGUACACUCUAUGCGGUAGCUGGCACCUCUUGUUUAUGUUACGGAAUAUGGAAACUUUCUGGUGCUAAAGAUCUAAAAGAUUUCAGAAUUAAGAUGGGAAACAUGCUGCCGAUCCUACCAAGGAAUAACCCUCCACAAUCCAGAACAGAGUUCAGUGGGCUUAAUGACUUAAUGACAUAUUUAGCAGAGGAUUAUGGGAAGAAAAAAUAAGCCUUCCAAUUUACAUGUACAUAUAAUUUUUUAAUAAAAAUUAUUUAGCUGGUUA